UUGUUUUGCUGGCGGUGGUGGUGUGCGGAGGUUUUUGGCGUGACGAGAAGGGAUAAUAUUCGCUACCAGCCGGUAUCUUCAACAUUCUCUCCGCCGUCUACGAACAUCUGCCUACCUGUUAGAAACGACAAAAAGGCAAUGUCGUCAUCAUACCUGCCCCGUCCUCGCUCCUCCCUGCUUCCCCGAACCUCCAGUACGUCGUUCACUGUUCUCCAACCUCCGAACCAACGUCGUUCCCUUCACCGUCCGCGACAACAUCCACCUCACCCUCACCCCCACCCGCAUCCAGCCCACCAAGCACAAACUCCUGACCGAGAUCCCCGAGCGCAAGAUCGAGGAGAUGUCGUUCGACCACCCCGACCUGGCACAUCUAGUCACCCGCAUUUUCGAUCAAAAACGGUGUGCACUUUGAGCUGCCGACAUUGUGACAGUGUAGUCUGUUCUAGGGGGAUGAAAGCUAUUUUAUUGGGGGAUUUGAGGGUUGAGCUGUAUUCAACGGAUACUCCACCAUCAAACCGAGUCCAACUAGUAGACCACGAUUACAUGACUCGGAACUGCCGCUGCCGAAUCCGAGAUGUGGCCUGUUUGGGAUGUGGCAAUGUAAUUGGAUACCACGUAACUCAACCCUGCGAUAAGUGCUUGGAUUCAUGCAACAAUGGUCAUUUCUGGAUGUUCCUUUCAGAAGGGGUUACUAGCACGGAUCGGAUGGACCUUUCGGGCACGAAGAACCUUGUGUGGGCGCAACUUCCUUGUGUGGAAAUGGACGAGAUGGGUAUGGGAAUUGGGAUCGAGUACGAGCUGUUGUGUCGGUGAAGAUUUUAGCAUGAUGGGGCAAAUAUACCCUUGUUGGAUUUUAGGCGUUUGGAUUGAGAUUGUUACUAUGAUCGCCGUUUCUUUGGUCGCCGUGGCUGUCUUGUUACUGGUUGGAUGUCGGUAGGACUGACGGACUGCC